AUGUUGUCGUCACCGCUUCACCAAUCACCACUCAACAAGUUGCAUACCAUCCACUCAUUAGGACCAGCACAAUUGCCACAAUCACAGCAAAAGAUGUCCCAGACAACGAACUCCUCCUCUUCCACUGUAAAGAAAGAAAAGGUUGUUUACGACUCGUCGGCAUCAGUUUUUAAUAAUAAUCAAUCAAAGUCUGGACCCAUCCUUGAUGAGGUGGAAGAAGAUCUUGACAUUCCUAACAAUACUGUCCGCAUCGGCUCCAGGAAAUCCCAACUCGCUGUAGUCCAGUCUGAAAUUGUUGGUAUAGGCAUUCAAAAACUUUAUCCAAAUCUGCAAACUCCAAUUGUCAAAUUGAGCACUUUGGGUGACCAAGUGCAAAACAAACCGCUGUACUCUUUUGGCGGCAAGUCGCUAUGGACCAAAGAGUUGGAGAUCCUUCUACUUCAGAGUUUUGGUGAAUUCGAACAAAUAGACAUGAUUGUCCACUCGCUCAAGGACAUGCCAACUAGCCUGCCAGACGAAUUUGAACUCGGAUGCAUUCUCCAAAGAGAAGUCAUGAGAAAAGAUUCCCCAUACAAGUCCCUCUCUGAACUGCCAGACGGUUCUGUAGUGGGAACUUCGUCCGUAAGAAGAUCCGCACAAUUGCUGAAGAACCAUCCAAACUUGACGUUCAAGAGCAUCAGAGGAAACCUUAAUACCAGAAUUAGCAAGCUUGACGCUCCAGAUUCCGAUUAUGCAUGUGUCAUUUUGGCGGCCGCUGGCUUGAUAAGAAUAAACUUGGGCCAUAGAAUCACACAAUAUUUGGGCCCUGAUGAGAUGCUCUACGCAGUUGGACAGGGAGCUCUUGGAGUUGAGAUCCGUAAGAAUGAUCCAAAGAUGAAAAAGAUCUGUGAGCGGUUGGACUGUAAAUCAACUUCGAUUAGAUGCCGUGCUGAAAGAGAACUUUUGCGCACUCUGGAAGGAGGAUGCUCUGUUCCUGUUGGAGUUUGGUCAGAUUACAACAAGGACACUCACGAAUUGUACAUGAAAUCUGUCGUGCUCAAUGUCGGAGGAACACAGUCUGUCGAGAAGACUUUAAUCAGGAAGGUGGAGAACUAUGAGGAGUCUGUUGCAUUUGGUCGCGAGUUGGCAUUACUCUUGAUUAACGGAGGCGCCAAAGCCAUUUUGAAUGAAAUCGAUUACGACAAAAUAAAUGAGGUCAAGCAACAGGGCCUUACAAAGGUGUGA